UAGCAUAAAAUCACAGCCCAUAUCCACCCAUGUCAAACAACUUGCCGUAUUAGUUUUUAUACGAAAGAUAUUUACAUUUCUUAUUAAAGAAAUAACUGUAAAGGGAUGCUGAAAACAUACGAUUUGUCACUUCAAUUUCGUAUAUCAUAAACCUAUUAAAAUAAAAAAGAAAAGCGCAUCCAAAUAAUAAUAUAUUUUGUCGUAUCCUCGUAGAAAAACACGAUGUCGGGGAAAAAAUGCAAGCAUUGCGGUUCCUCUGAGAUAGAAGUAGACCCGGCCCGAGGCGAUGCUGUGUGCACGAACUGUGGCUCAGUUCUGGAGGAUAACAUAAUAGUUUCAGAAGUUGAAUUUCAAGAAAACGCACAUGGUGGCUCUUCUGCUAUUGGUCAAUUUGUAUCCGCUGAAUCAAAAGGCGGAGCUUCGGGAUUCGGUAGAGCUUAUGUGGGUAUUGGACAAGAGUCAAGAGAGAUUACAUUAAGGAAAGCAAGAGAAAGUAUCACAGCUUUGUGUCAGCAACUUCGUCUAAAUCAACAAUGCAUUGACAUUGCCUGCAAUUUCUUUAAGAUGGCAUUGUCUCGUCACUUAACUAUUGGGCGACCAGCGAACCUAACACAAGCUGCUUGUGUGUACAUGACAUGCAGAACGGAAGGCACUGCACAUCUUUUGAUUGAUAUAAGUGAUGCACUUCAAAUAUGCUGCUACCAACUUGGACGCACCUACUUCAAGUUGUCUCGUAAACUUUGCAUCAACAUACCUCCUACUGAUCCCUGUCUAUAUAUAUUACGGUUCGCAUCGCAGUUGCAGUUCGAUGUGAAACAGCAUGACGUGAGCAUGACAGCGCUGCGAUUGGUGCAGAGGAUGAAGAGAGACUCCAUACAUUCAGGUCGACGGCCAUCGGGGAUUUGUGGAGCAGCACUACUCAUAGCAGCCCGUCUACAUGACUUCUCAAGAACACCAUCGGAUGUGGUGCGUAUAGUCAAAGUGCAUGAAUCGACUUUGAGAAAGAGGUUACUUGAGUUUGGAGAGACUCCCUCUAGUGCGCUUACACUGGACGAAUUCAUGACUGUUGAUUUAGAAGAGGAACAAGACCCGCCAGCGUUUAGAGCAGCAAGAAAAAAGGACAAGGAAAGACUUCAAAGGUUAAUGGAAGAAGAGGAUGGCGAGAAGGAAAUUACUGAGUUGCAGAAAGAGAUAGAAUUACAAUUAGAUAGAGAUAAUUCUAGACGAAGGAAGGUGGCCACUACCAGCACAUUAUCACCAGUAAGCAUCGAGGAGGUUUCGACUGAAGACGUGGAGGCAUCCAGGUUCGCGGCGGAGGACACGCUGGACUUGCUGGGCGAGCUGGCUCGGGAGACGGACGGCGUCACUGGAGACCGCACACAGAAUAAGAUAAGAUUCGAAAAAGGACUAGGUCCAGACUUAGCUGUGAUCGGUCUCGGUCAACCCGAGGAGAAAGACAAGUUCGUAAAGCCGGAGCCGAAGUCCCAGUUCAGCAAGGAUCUGCAGCAGGAGGAGUUGCAGCUGAGCGAGCGCGAUGAGGAGUACGUGAGCUCCCUCAUCAUGAGCGAGGAGGAGGCGCGUCUCAAGACCAGGCUGUGGAACAACUUGAAUGCUAGCUAUUUGAAGGAACAGAAAAUAAAAGAAGAAAUACGAGCCAAAGAAAAGGAAGAAGGUAAGAAGAAGAAGGUACGUGGAUCUUAUAAGAAGAAAGUAGCGCUGAACGCUGCGACCGCGGGAGAAGCUAUUGAGAAAAUGUUGGCAGAAAAGAAGAUAAGCACCAAGAUUAAUUACGAUAUACUGAAAAGCCUCGACCAGCCCGGCUCGCUGGCUACCAGCACGACUGUCCCCGCCACGCCCACUGUGCCGUCCACGCCCACUGUUUCCACCACGCCCACAGUUUCCGUCACGCCCACUGUGCCCACCACCCCCGCGAGGACUUUAAAAGUAGAUGAGUCUAAACUAACGACGCCGAAAGAAACAGUUGCCCCGUCGCCUGUACCUCGUAAACGCAAGAAGAAGGAGAAGUGUGGGGCUCUGCCCACGCCCAGCCCCAAGCCGGCCCCGCCCACCCCCAAACCCGCCACAGAAACUGAAACAAUGGAUGACUAUGAUGAGGAUGAGCCGGAAGUGCCUGACGUCAGCAGUGAGAUGUCGCUCGCCGCCAUGUUGCAAAAUGGCGACGACGAUGAUUACUACGGUUAUGACGAAUAUUAAAUAAAAAAAACUAUCAAUAAACGUAAAUUACAUAAUUUUAUGCAAAAGUGUAUCCCACCAAUAUUUCGCUUAAAAAUAUUGCUAAAACAUAAAUUUAGGGGCUUAGCUGGGCUCUAUUGAAAAAGUUGUUAGCAAUACUUCUUGAAACAAUGUUCCUAUUGGAAUACAUUUUUAAAUUUAACUAAAAAGUAUAUAUUUUAUAUACUAUAUACCAUAAAAGCAAUAAAAUGUAAUAUUUAUAAGUACAAUUUCGUACCAAUAGGCGAUAUGCAUAUGACGCCAAAUUGGGCCAAACUUUUUUAAGUAUACUUUAUUACUAUAUAAAGAUACAUGUGAAGAUUUUUUGUAAUAUAAUGUGAUUUGGUGGCGAAAUUCAAUCAUUAAAAAGUGUUAAAACGCAACUAUAGCUCAAAGAUAACAAAACUAGCUUUAAAAUAAAUGGAAAGAAUCAUUAUUACUUAUUUGUAAGAAUAAUGAAAUUUAAAUAAAAUAUUGGUCGUGUAUAUUUCCGAGUAAAUAUUUUCAUGAACACAGUAUUGUGUAUUCUCUCGUGGUUGUAUUGUUUUAAAAUUAUUUUUAUGAGUUUUCCAAAACUCAUAAAUUUAAUCGAUUUUCGGCUUUUGAUUUGAUAACUUUGAGAACCAGUGAAAUAGUCUGUUGUUAUUUUACAUCGGAGUGACGUCUGAGCGAAUGUGAUAUGAAAUGUGACGAUUGACGUCACAUGUCUCAAGCCAGCUCCAGCCGCGUUUUAGUCGUAGGAAAAUGAUUCUAAUUCCAUUAGCUUAAUAGUUGAAUCUUUUCGAGUCAAUGUUUUUUUCUGGUUAUCUUAUAACAAGUAAAAACGUUUAAAAAAAGUUAAUAAUAUAUGCAUAUUGAUUAUUCUUUCCGAUUUAGAGAAUCGAUGUGUUUUUAAAAACUUUGUACUUGGUCUGUGUUGUUUUUAAUUCAUAUGUGUAGAUGAAAUUUAAGUUUAGUUUAUAUGUACUUAUAUACUUGUAUUGAAGAAAAUAAGGUGUAUUUAAAUGUAUUGUGUUGUAUGUAUGUUAUUCCCUAUAGUGAAAUAAAUAUAUAUUUUUAAUAAGAUAGAGGACAAAAUAAUACCAAUUCACACAUGCUUGAAUGUGAUAGCAUUAGUGUAAGUAUUUUUUGGAUAAAUUACUAUAUUGUUCAAAGAUUUUACAUUUAAAAAUAGCGAAUAAAUAUAUUAUUAAAACUGUUUCAAACUGAAUUUUUAGAUCAAUCUUUUGUCGUAAAAAAUCGAUUAUUUAGCGAUUUAAUGAUCUCGAUUAGCUCUAAGUUUUAUUUCCAAUAUUUUAGGUUAAUUAGUUUAGAUGUGUUUUCAUAUUUACAUUGUAUUUAUCGUUAUAAAAUUUGUAAAAGUAACAAAUAUUAGGCAUCUUUACUGAGUAUUUAAUUCCAAUUUAAUAUGUAUCGUAGAUUUUAAGGUAUGUUGAGAAUAUAAAGGUUUUUAUGUAAUGUAAGCAAGUUAUAUUUAAGCCUUGCCAUUUCACGGAAAGCAAUACUUUACAUCAUUAAAGGAGUUUCA